GGUGUUUCCACCAGUACGGUAUAUGUAACCCACCGUCAGAAACGGAACCCCUGACACUUCCACCGCCUUUCCCAGAUUCAUUACGACGGUUACCAGACCAAUCAGUACGACCUCCGACCCGUCUCCGUACUUUAGUGCCUAGCUGUGAAUGUUUGUCUGUCUGUCAGUCAUUUAUUAAUUCAUUCAGUCAAUCAGUCAGUCAAUAUGUCCAUGUUCCAGUCCAGGACCGUCUCGCUGGCACUCCUGAUCACCAUGUGUGUGUACCUCUCCUCUGUCUCUGCCAACUAUCGUCGGCCCAGUAAGGUGACCACAAACUGCUGCACAAGUGUGUCUGACACUCCCAUAAAAUCUGAACUGCAAGGAUACCGCAUCCAAAACUCCAUGCCACCCUGUGUUAACGCCAUCAUCUUCUACACAGUGAAAGGUGAGAAGAUCUGCUCUGAUCCCAAAACACUCUGGGUCGACAGGAGAAAGAAAGGUUUAAAAGUGAUGAAAAAGUGAAGAAGCUUGACCAUGUCUGGAGCCUUCUGUACUGUAGAUCUGCCUCCCUCUACAAGCCUCCCUCUACAAGCCUCCCUCUACAAGCCUCCCCCUACAAGCCUCCCUCUACAAUCCUCCCCUACAACUAUCUAGAAUAGUUUUCCGCAUGUUUUCUUUUUCUGUUAUAUUUUGAUUAUUGUAUCUGGUCAUUAGGAUCUACACUUUGCUCUGUGGAAAUGGAUUGAAUAAUAUAUAUAUUUUCAAAUAUAUUUAUUUAAAAUA